AUUAGUUGGGGACUGUGGGAGUAUAUAUACUCCGGCCCACUAAGACAGUUGGAGUGGACAGUAAAUCCAUCUGUCAGCUUCAGAAAGAAGAAGAAGAAGCUUGGGAGCACUCUGUAAUUACGCGCUGACAAGUAAAGCAAAGAAAAGUAGCGGCAAGGCUGCAGUGCUCCAGAUGCUCUCUGUGAAUGGGGAAAUCCGACGAUCAGAACCUACCAUUGCAUCACCGUCAGCCGCCGAAUGUGUCCGCCGCAGACGGCGGUUCGUCGGGCCUUUCUAGAAUCUUCCAGUGGUUCAGUUUCAAGUGCUUCUUCGUCACCUUGCUGAGCGCCUCCGUUUUUCUGUCGGCGGUUUUCUGGGCUCUGCCUCGUCGUCAUUCCAGCAGAUCUGGGUACGAUGCGGUGGAUUCAAUCGAGCUCAGCUCAUCUGUUCAAGCAUCGUUCAAGCUUAAUAAAACAGUUUCAGAGAUAAUCCCUUACAUUGCUAAACUUGAGUACAGUAUAUAUGGGGAGAUAGGAGUCCCAUUUACAAAGGUUGUGGUUCUACAUGUGCACCGGUCAGAUGCAAUAUCAAACCAUACCAAUGUGACAUUUGGUUUCCUUUCUGAUCCAAUUGAUACACCUAUAAAUUCAGCGUCUUUGAAUUUGCUGAGAUCUUCUCUUCUCGAAGUGUUUCUAGAACAAGCUAAUUUGAUCUUGCCUGCCUCAGUUUUUGGACAGUCAUCUUCUUUUCAGAUUUUGAAGUUUCCAGGGGGAGUGACUUUAAAUCCUGAGUCCCACUCUCCAUUUUGGCAACAACAGAUUCUCUUUGAGUUUACUCUCAACAAUUCAAUUGGUGAAAUAAAAAAUAAUUUUGUUGACUUCAAAGAGCAACUUAGGUCGGGGUUACACCUCCGUCACUCUGAGAAUGUGUUUGUGCAAGUGAACAACAAAAAGGGCUCCACGGUGGAAUCCCCUGUUACAGUUGAAGCUUCAAUUGUUUCAGACGCAGGACGUCUUCCUCAGGAAAGAUUAAGAGAAUUGGCAAAAAUCAUUACGGGAUCACGUUCGACAGCAAGGAAUCUUGGUCUUGAUAACUCUGUGUUUGGCAAAGUUAAGGAAAUAAGCCUCUCUUCUCUUUUGAAUCAUUCACUACAAGCUUUGCCACUACCACCAGCUCCUUCACCAUCCCCAUCUCAAUUGUCUCCUUUGCACAGUCAUGAUCGACAUAGAAGUGAGAGUCGGGAAAUGCCCCCCACUCCUUCUCCCAUAUCUCAUGGAUCCAAUGGAGACCACCGGGUCAAAAGAAACCCUAAAAGCUUUGCGCCUUCACCCUCAAUCUCUUCCUCUCUUCCAUCACGUCAAACGGGGUGGUCCCACGCUCAGCUUUGCUUUAUGACUUUACUUGGCUCCUUGAUAUUCCUUACCCGAUGGUCUGGUUAGCCGACAGCUCAUUCUCAUGCCGACUUAACCAUGGUAAGGUGAAAAGUCAAAACCAGAAGUGUGUGUAUGCAGAUAUGGCUAUGUUUACCUCCACAAGACUUGCAGGGUAAAUUUUCCCUAAGGGAAUAUUAUACUACUAACCUUAUACACAAUCAAUCCAUUGUUUUGAAAAGUGAGUAAUGCCAGCCAGGGUUUUCAAUGAGAUUACCCAAUUGUAAAAUGUAGAAAUGGGUUCUCAUUGCCCUGCUCCUGCUGCAAUCUGUUGCAGUGAAUGCAAGUGUUUGAAAGAAGAUUUCAAUAUACUUCAGUCACGUAAUACUCAGUAAAAAAAUGUAACUGUAAAUCAUACGUCAACUUAUAGAACACUUUUACAUACUGAGUAAAUAUACUCGGUAACUUUUG